AUACGAGCGUAAACAAUGUUGUCUUUGCAGGUUUUGGAUAACGGAAGCUGGAGUUCUGAAAGGGGAAUUCUUGAGUGCAAUUUUUUCCGACUUGGGAAUUGGGAUACCGUGUACUGUGAUGAUUUCCUCCCGGCAGUGAGCACCAGUACGGGUUUUGUUACGGCUAUUGGAAAAUCACAAGACGUGUGGGUUCCAUUGUUGGCAAAAUGCUUCGCAAGGUUGAAUGGUUCUUACAAUGCAGUAACGAAUGGACAGUUUGGUGAUAUUUACUGCACCUUGACCGGAGGCGUGGCCGAGAGGCUGGACCAUGACUCAAGAUAUAAACCAGAGAGAAUAUUCCAACGCAUCUCCAGUGCCCUAGAGUCUGAUGCGUUGAUCUUCUGCUUCGUUCCAGAUAACCGUGAACAUAAGGGAUUGCAAAACCAACAUUCAUAUAGAGUGACAGGCGCUGGAUGUGUCACACAAGGAGGGAAAGAUGUUUUGCUAGUUAGACUGAGAAGUUGCUUUCAGAAACAUGGGAUAACGCCCUGGGUCGGUCCAUGGAGUCCAAGUAGUCAAGAAUGGCACCAUGUAGAAGAUUCCACAGUGGAGAAGCCAGACCCAGAAAAGAACGAAUUCUGGAUGAGCCUUGAUGACUUUCUGAAGCAUACCAAAAACCAUACAAUUUGUAGCCUCCCGUAUCACAUGGACACAGAUGGUGGUGAUCAGUUAGUAUAUCUUACAAACUUCUAUGGGGAGUGGCUAGUCAACAAGAGUGAAGGUCCGGAAAUUACCUUCACAUUGCAAGCUUCAGCGGACCGAGCUGGUGACGGUUGGUUACCUCUGUUCGUACAGCUCGUGAAGGGAAUCAGCAAACCAGAACAUCGAGGAGUUUGCAUUAAAUUUGAAUUGUUUAAGUUGGAAAAUCAUGACCGAAUCAAGUUGACUGAGAGCCACGGUAACUAUGGAAAUGGACUUCAGUUGUCAUGCUUUUAUCGCGCCACAGCAGGAAGUUAUAUGGUGCAAGCACGAACCCGUGAGCCAGUAAAAGUACAGCAAGAUUUCUUGAUUCGAAUAUACAGUCCUACACCAUUGGCAGACUUGAAGGAGUAAAUACAGAAUUAUGGACAACCAAAGAAAGACGAAGUGCUGAAAUAUUGAAAGUGUUUGUCCUAGUAUCGUUUUCAUUUCAUCGUAUGCAGUUGCACUAUAAUGUAAAAAAUGAUUACAGACUUUAAAAAUAAUUUACAUUAAGGACACGUAAUUUGCUAUUUAUGUACAUUAAUUUAUGUUUUAUUAUUUGACGUAUAUCUAAUUACUCAACGUUUUCAUUCUUACCCAACAACUGUCUAAAUUGCCAUCCACUGUUAUCAUCUCUAACGCCUGUGCUUUUAAUUCCAUUAACGUUAUAUUGAUUAUACACCAAUAUUCAGACCAUGCGUACGCAUACAUGUAUCAAUAGUGCAUGAUGUCGGAAGUGACACCUGUAUUUAAUAUGUCAGAAACAUUAUGUGCCUAAUCCUGGAUAUACAUGCACAAUAAAUAGCUGCUAUGGUAAGCACAAACUGCAAAAUGGAGAUCGCAGAAACUGAUCUAUAAUACCCAUUAAAACAAAUAUAUAACAUAAACUAUUUCCUGCCGUUAUAAAAUAUUUAAAGGGUCUAUUAUGAAUGUGUUGCCUUUAAAAUAGACACUGGAUACAUCUACCAAAAUGUAAUCAUCUGGCCAAACAAAACAUAAUACUGCAGGGCUGUUCUCUGAUCAAAAUCCUUGGGGGGGGGGGGGGGGGGGGGGGGGGUCACUACUUUUUAUAAACAAAUGAAACACUAUACAAAUUAAACCCUGAGAUGUGUAUGCUAUUUUCUGGAGUGAAAAAAAGAAAAGAAAAAAAGUGAGAUUCUCAAGUUGGCAACUACUCCCCCCUGCCCCCCCCCCCCCCCGAGGGUACUGCCCUGUAACGUUUGAUAUAUACCGAAGAACAAAAGAAACGCAUAUAUUACAUUUAAAAAAAAAAAAAAAAUUUGUAUAUUAAAAUAGUCGCGCUUCUUUGGUUGUUUAGUAUUUAAAUCAUCAUAUUGAUUCUUUUAAAGCUACAAUAUUCACAUUUUACUGUACUUGUUUACCGUUUUGUAGUGUUAUGAUGUGCAUAUUUAUUCUAAGGGGAAGAUAUUACUUUUUAGAAUAUUAAAAAACGGACGAAUGUGAUUAUAGAUAAUGCAAUUCCAUCCCAAGGAUAAAAAUUUGGGCGUGGAUGUAGUAGGUUGUGGCUAUGGGCGCGCAGUGUUUAAUGAAUGUAUAUAUUUCUUUCGUUAAUUAAAAAAAAAGAAAAAAACAAAAGGAAAUUAUAUUUCAGUUGGGGCAUAUGCUUAUGGGUGUAUUUUUUUCGAAAAAUCAUAUUAUAACGAUUGUUAUUAUACUUGGUAUAAAAAUGUUUUAAAGUUUCACUCCUUACUAAAAACAUCGAAAUGUGAGGGAUUAAAGUUUACCAAGGACCUUAUGUAACAGUUUUAACAUUUUGUACCAUUGGCUGAAACUGCCUUAAAUAUAACUGAGUACUAAUGAUUUCUUAUCUCUUAAUAAAAUAAAAAAACCCAGUUGUAAACUAAAAUGUGUUUAUUCUAUACCCAUUUAUAUAACACAUCGACUACAAGCCCAAUGAAUCAUACGCAUAAAAUAUAAUCCCAAUUCUGCAAAACUUGGCGCGACUAAAUAUUAAAAUAGCUAUCGAAACGUCAUGGUUUUCAUUGAUUUCAACUUUAUUAAUGUAGAAAAUUAUAUAUACCUUAGGGUAACACAUUUUGUUUUUCGUUUUGGUUCUGUUCAAAGGCGAUCUAAUACCGUCUUGUGGGGAAAAAAAUUAAACAGUCUAUAUUGGUGCGAAAUCGGAAUUCGCCCCCCCCCCCCCCGUUAAAAAUCCUGUGUACGUUCUAGCUACACAUAACACAUAACCCCAUUUAUUAUUUAUUUAUUUACACAUUGUGGUAUAUAUUCAUAAGUUUAAUAUCGUGCAAUAAAGAAAACCAAAAACUUAUAUAAAAUUUUCUACAUUAUAUUUAUUUUAAAUUUUAAAAUCACUGUGAUAUUUUUUUUUUUACUGCAUCCCUAUACACUGUUUUAUAAUUUAAUCAUUCAUUGUUUUUCUCAUUUGCAAAUAUACUAUUUUAAGUAAACGAUGCAUAUAUAAGUUUGUAUUGAAUGAAAUGUGAAAUAAUAUCUUGGUAUUGUGUCUAUCUAAACGUUUUAAUUUCAUAUUUUUUCUGUGAAAUUUGGGAAUGAUUGUUCUAUUGUAUUUAUUGUUGUCAAAACAUGAAUCAAAGUGUGUAUUUAUAUCUGCAUUUUUAUUUAUAUGUACACAUUUAUUCAGCAGUUUAUGAUUUGCAUAGCAUUUGCUUUAAAAAAAAAGGAGAAAAACAAAGAAUUUCAUGCAUUCAUUAUAAUAAUGUUUUAGUGAUUAGUAAUAAACAUAUUUGAGCAAA